CACGUGAUUAACGCGGAAGUUGUAGCCCUUAAGUGAACGUGAAGUCGAGCAGUCACUCGCAGAUCAGCGCCUGGCUGGUUCUGACUGGAGGCUUGGGUUUUGCGGUUCGGGUUCUGGUUCAUUUCUGUAGCAUCCUGGGAGGUUCAAAGCGCAAUUCUAGACUGAAAUCUACAGCAGCAGAAGCCCAUUGCCAGUCAGAAUAGGUUGUUUUGAGGUCAAAUGAUAUCUACGAUGAGGCCGUAACAGAAGCUUUUCCUGAGCUCAGUCCUGAUUGUUGCCAGAAUGGCCACUGCUAAGAAAGCGGCGUCUAAGACGGGGGGUGUUCGCUUCGCUGAGGAACCCGCUGCGGCAGCUGCCGCUCACUCUCAUGUGCAUUUUGACGAGAAACUGCACGACUCUGUCGUCAUGGUGAUACCCGAGUCAAACGGGAAUUUCUUGGUUAAGGUGGGCUUCCUGAAAACACAGCACCGAUAUGAGAUUGUGUUCACGCUGCCUGAGAUGGCAGACCUUGGGAAAGAUGUGUGUCCAGCCCCCAUCCCCAAUCCACACCUCCGUAUCACUAAUAUAACACCGUCCUCAGACGGAGGUCUGAGGGUGACGUGUGAAUAUAUGGCUCAUCAGGAGGGAGUGAUGUGCGAGGAGGUGCAGAUUCUUAGCGAGAGCAAAGAGGACGCGAGUGUGAAGGUCAAAGUUCAUGCUCGUGUCAUGGACCGUCAUCACGGCACUCCAAUGCUGCUGGAAGGCGUGCGCUGCAUAGGAGCAGAGCUCGAGUAUGACUCUGAGCAAAGCGACUGGCAAGGCUUCGACUAAACACCUGAACCUCACAGACUUCCCAAUCAGUGCCACAUAUCUUGUGUCGGCAGCGACAGAAUAUUCCA